ACAAUAUGUGCACCAAUCUGCUUCAAUAUGCUGCAAAAAGAUAAAAUGUUAAAAUUAGACAACAAUCCUGUCAAUUAAGUGGUAAAUAUUUUUGUCUUGGCUUCUACUGUAUUGCCAACAUCUAAGAUGCGCGCAUAGGUUGAAAAAUGCUAUUGAUUGACUCACUGCAAUGCAGUAUGCUUUUUCUUUGAAUUGCUCAUCUACAAAUCCAUUAACAAAAUAUGUAAUAAGGCUCGUGGUUAAAAAGACCUAAAUGACUAAAGAUCACCAUUAGUUUUGACGAUUGUAUUUCAGCAUUACAACACAUUGCUCUCUCUCUCUCUCGCAUUAUCAACUGGUGAUAAUGGCAAAGAGUCAGGAAUCAUACACAACGUUUCAUUUCAAUGUUCUACUGCUUUUUAAUAUUCGCCAUCGGUUUGUCAAUCACACUGUAUAAUACUGGAAAAAAAGUGGUAGAAAAAGAAAGCUCAUUUGUGACAUUCUAUACUGUGAUGUUCAUCACCUCAAUUGUCGCUAUGAUUUUUACCUUGGCUUAUGUGUAUCAACACAGACGUGCAAGUUUAGAAGCCGUUGAAAAAGGUGAGCUGUCUGCUCCUAGAAUAGCAUUUUCACUUCGUGGUGAAGCUGUCAAUCUAUACCUCCGAUUUGGAAUUGGAUUGUUUGCCGGCAUGUCCAUUGUUUAUACAGCAACACGAUGUUAUGAAGUUGUAACAAAAUAUCCACACAAUGCUGCAUCAGGUGUUUACACUUUUUUCAAGAUUUUAUUUUUCAUCACACAGACUGUCUUUCUGUUACUUUUGCACCGUAUUGUAAUUUUAGUGAGAAUACGUGUCUUUAGUUUUAUUUUGCUACACGUUCUAACGGUUAAUUUAUGCAUAUGGUCUGAUGCUGUAAUUAAAAAGAUAUCUAAAAGUAUUGGAAGUAUCUCACUGGUGAAUGCAACUAAUAGUCAUAUAAAAUAUGAACUUCCAGCAACCAACUAUUUUCUUCCGGCUGUUCCUGAAUAUUGUGCAAUUGCUGUGGCUGUGGUCUAUGAAUUACUAAAUCGUGUUGGCCAGUUAAAACAAAUUGAAUGUCAUUAUGAGAAAAAGAAAGAACACAGCUUGAAGUUUAUUGAUCGUGGGUGUAUUGGUAUCAUAAUUGGAACAAUUAUCAUUUGUAUCGUCAUGGGGAUUGUAAUGUUAUUAGAGAUAUGGGGUAAAAAAUUGCACGGUAAUGCAUAUAUUGCUCACUCAACGGAGACUAGCAUUCUCUUCAUCAUGGCUUUGAUAUUUUGUGUCUCCGGUAUCUGUAGUACACGCCGCCUGAAAUUCUCUGUGAAUUUUUCUAAUCAAAAUCUGGACAGUAAAUUAUUAAUCGUCACAUUUUUUAUGACUGUCUCCUUCUUAGUUGCUUGUGCUGUUUUAAAUAUCAUCUUUCUGUCGAAUAAAGCAUUGAAUGAUGUUCAACAACAAUACCUUAAAUUGCAUUUAUUCACAGUGCUAUUGGAAUUAGUACAAGUUACGGUACAGAAUUAUUUUAUUAAUGAUCUAUUCUAUCGUUGUUGUCAUGAUAAAUCGUAUCAAGAAUGCAAGCCAGGUCGAGCUAUGAUCGCUUUAUUAUCCGCUAUAAACUUCUCGCUGUGGAUGAUAUACAGUUUUCAGGCAAAACACAACAAUAUUCUGCUUAGUUUUAACAGUGAAUAUUUGGAGAAAAGUGAACUGCAAAGUUUGUUCAUUUAUAUCAGCGUUGCGCUGCCUAUGGUUAUGCUGUAUCGUUAUCACAGUAGUGUUUGCCUAGCCAUCGAAUAUAUCCGGGUCUAUGAGGAUGAAGUUACACGCUAUGAAAGUAUGCUACGUGGUGUACCGCAUACCAAGACUCUACCGUUCGGUUCAAAAUGGGAAAUUGUUGAAUCCCAGUUUUCAGAUUCACUUUCUGACGACAAGCUUACAAAAGCGACAAGAUCAAGAGCUUUAUCUGAACCUGCUAUAAAGUUGGAAACAGCUACUUAUCUGAAAGAAUUCAACAAUAUAAUUAAUGGAUCAAAUUUACACGACAAAGACAAACAAGAUGUUAAGUUGAACAAACUAGACGCACCGAAUUCACAAAAGUACGCUAAACAAAAUAAACGUCGUACAACACACAUCAGUAUGGAGUUGGCACAAUAUCGUGUAAAUGCCAGUGAAAUGGAGCAUCGUUUAGCUGAAAUGAAACUGAAGAAGAAUAAACGUACAAAAGAUGAUCAGACACCAAAUGAAAGGUCGACGUUGAAUAAAGUCCCUGUGAAUAAAGAAUCAGAACCAAGUAUGUCAACUUCACUGUCUGACAGCGCUUUAUCCACAGUUCGCACAACUGAUACUAUUGAUGAAGAAGACGAUGAAACUGAAGGCAUUGAUACUGACGAUUAUCGAAGACCAACCUCAUCUUCAGAGUCUUGUUAUCACACUAAAACAGGCGACGACAAUAGCAUAUAUUAUGCAAAAAGUCAAUUAUAA